CCUGUUUCCAAGGAAACGCGAAAUGUUAUUGGACAGCAGGGAAGUCACAAGACUCUAGGAAAAAAAAAAAAAAUAUCCAGCAGGCAGGGAGGCAGGCAGGGAGACACAGGGAAAGCUUGAGACUGCUGGGAAAAUGAGUGAAUCGUUGGUCGUGUGCGACGUCGACGGAGACUUAGUGGAGAAGUUAAGGCAGUUCCGUUUCCGGAAAGAAACCAGCAACGCUGCCAUUAUAAUGAAGAUUGACAAAGACAAACAGCUGGUCAUCUUGGACGAGGAAUAUGAGGACAUUUCUCCAGAUGACCUAAAGGAUGAGCUUCCAGAAAGACAACCCAGGUUCAUUGUUUACAGCUACAAGUACCAGCAUGACGAUGGCCGUGUUUCCUACCCUCUCUGCUUCAUCUUCUCCAGCCCAGUCGGGUGCAAACCUGAACAGCAAAUGAUGUACGCAGGGAGCAAGAACAAGCUGGUGAAGACUGUGGAGCUGACGAAGGUGUUUGAAAUCCGGAACACGGAGGACCUGACCGAGGAGUGGCUGCGUGAGAAACUGGGCUUCUUCGGGUAGAGGCUGCAGCGCGGCGCGGGGCGGG